UUCUCCCCUCUUCAUUGGCUGAACCAGCCCGGGCGAGGGUUCUGAUUGGCUGGCCCCAUCACCUGGCUGUGACGAAUCCGGUUCAAUUGAAAUUGGAAACGGAAGCUACGUCCGGUUUUGUUUUGAUUCGGCCCGAGUCGUUUUAUUUUAUUUAAUUUUAUUUUUUUCUUCGUCUUCUUUUGUGUUUUCUUCAACGAAUAUAACAUUUUUGAGCCGCAGGACAGCGCAUAAGGUGCUGGCGAUGAGAAGGGUCCGGUCUGGCAGGACUGAGGGCAGCAAGGCUCCAAUCAGGUGGGUUGUGCGUGAGGACAUGACCAUUCAGAUCAAAGAGGAGGAGACUGAGCUGCAGUGUGACCAAGAGAGACCCCAGGGCUCACAGCCGCCCCAGUUCCACACCCAAGAUGGCCGCUCACAGCCGCCCCAGCUCCACACCCAAGAUGGCCGCUCACACCAAAGAGCAUGCCACACCCAAGAUGGCAGGCUUGACACGGCAGCCGGUCUCAAAGUAAAUGAGAUCACUGCAGGAGAAUCCACUGACGAGGAAGAAAGAACACCAUCCAGUAUCACUGUGACCUUGGAUGAAUCGGAGGCAGAGGAGCUGUGUUUCCCCUGCCCUCACUGCAAGAUCUCCUUCACUGGGGCUCAGUACCUGAACAAGCACAUCAAGAACAGCCACCGAGAGCACUUCACCCUGAUCCUGCGCGCGCGCUCCGACAACGUGGAGACACGCCCCUCCUGCUCCAGCCCCGCCCCCUCCUCCUCCUCCCCUCCCCUCCACCGCUGCGGGGAGUGUGGCAAAACCUUCCACCACUCGGGGGAUUUCAAACGCCACGUCCGGAGCCACACAGGAGAGGCUCCUUACCCCUGCCCCGACUGCGGCAAACGCUUCACCAACUCCGGCAACCUCAAGACCCACCGGCUGGUCCACACGGGAGAGACGCCCUUUCAGUGCCCGCAGUGCGGGAGGAGCUUUGGCCUCCUGGGGAACCUGAAGAUCCACCAGCGCAUCCACACGGGAGAGACGCCCUUCCAGUGCCCCCAGUGCGGGAGGAGCUUCAGGGAGUCCGGGAAGCUGGGCAUCCACCUCCGGAGCCACUCCGGAGAGGCCCCCUACCGCUGCUCGGACUGCGGGAAGACCUUCUCUCUCCUGGGGAACCUGAAGAUCCACCAGCGGCUCCACACCGGAGAGAUGCCUUACCUGUGCGCAGCCUGUGGGAAGAGAUUCACCUACUCCUACCAGCUGAGAACACACGCCUGCACGCUAAAAUGUAUCCCUUCCACCCCAGCCCUGUUCUGACUUGUUUAACUGAACCAGUGAAUCCUCAGAACCUCACGCUGUUCAUUCAUGAUCUCAUGUUACCUGUUAAACCUGGAGUGGAUUUAUGACCCUCCAGGACCGGGAUUGAUUGAACAAUCCUGGAUCAGAACAAGGAUGACAUCAAACAUCAUAAAAAUUUAAGGAAGCAGAGCGGACCGGCUGCCAGAGUGCUGUUCAGUGUGCGGAUUGCAGCUGCAGUGCAGACGUGAAUCAGGGAGGGAGGGGGGGGGGACGCUGAAGUGUACAGGUUUUUCGUGUUCGUGUCAAUUUCUGGUUCGUUGUUAAAUGGUACAGCUGCGCGGUUAAGACGUGGUCUGGAGAGAAAUACAGUAGCUGUUG